UUAUUUAUCUCUAAAGUUGACUUGUUAUGGGCUUGUAGAGUGUGGAGUGACGUCAUGAUGUUAUUUACGUAAACAAAUCUCCUGGAUAUUGCUCACAUUUAUUUAUUUAUUUACUUACAGUUUUUAUACGAGCUCACAGAUGGCUUGUAUGUCUAAAAUCAGUAAAAUAAAUGAAGCAACAUAAUUAAAUCCAUCACCAUUUAGGCCAAAAACAGUAACCAUGAUUAUUUUACUAUAAAUUUAUGUAAGUCACAGUAUAGUUUUUUGGGACUGUAGAGUGUAUAUAUUUGUUAAUGAUAGACACAUUUGAUAAACACACUAUUGCUCAUAUUACCUUUUAUUGCUAGAAAACACUAAAGAAAAAAGACUUUUCUGAUCAGGUGGGGGAUAUAACAUUUAGUUUACAGAACUAUGAUCUAAAAAACGAAUCGAUUCUCUGAUUCCAUGUAUCCGACUCUGAAUCUUUGGAGCCGAUUCCAUACGUUGAUACUGAUUCAGUUCACUUAUACUUUCCGUCAUUGAAAAAUGUACUGUGUGGAAUCGAUUCCCAGAUUCGACUCAGUCAAAUACCAAAACAUGGUCAGAAUGGACUCCUAAGUUUUCCGAAGCCGAUUCCAUACGUUGAUACUGAUUCAGAUGGUUUAUACUGAAAUGUAUUGUGUAGAAUCGAUUCUCAGAAUCGACUCAAUCGAUUGCUAACACACGGAGUCGACUCCGUAAUUUCCGUUAGUCUUGAAUGCGCAUGCGCACUAUUUCUUCGCGCACGCGUAUUGGCAUUCUGCUCGGAAUUCACCAUUUUUACACCAAUUGGCCGGUGGACAGCGAAUCGGCUAGUAAAGCAUGGCAGAUGGAGAGGGUUUCGUGGUGCGAGUGAGAGGAUUGCCUUGGUCCUGUUCAGCAGACGAAGUCCAGAGAUUCUUCUCAGAAUGUAAGAUCGCAAACAACGGCACGAGCAUUCACUUCACCUACACGAGGGAAGGGCGGCCGAGCGGAGAGGCGUUUGUGGAGUUCGAAAGUGAGGAAGAUCUGAAGAUUGCCGUGAAGAAGGAUCGAGAAACCAUGGGACACCGUUAUGUAGAAGUCUUCAAAUCCAACAAUGUGGAGAUGGACUGGGUUUUAAAGCACACUGGUCCUAACUGUCCGGACACAGCAGGCGACGGCCUGGUCAGGCUUCGAGGUCUGCCCUUUGGCUGCAGCAAAGAGGAGAUUGUUCAGUUUUUCGCAGGGUUGGAAAUCGUGCCAAAUGGGAUAACAUUGCCGGUGGACUUCCAGGGGAGGAGUACGGGGGAGGCCUUCGUGCAGUUUGCUUCACAGGAUAUAGCUGAAAAGGCUCUAAAGAAACACAAGGAAAGAAUAGGGCACAGGUACAUAGAGAUUUUCAAGAGCAGCCGUGCAGAGGUGCGUACGCACUACGAGCCGCAGAGGAAGGUGAUGGGAAUGCAGAGGCCGGGACCCUACGACCGGCCGGGCGGCCGCGGCUACAACAGCAUGAGCCGCGGGGUCUCGUUUGAGCGCGUGCGUCGCGGAGGAUACGGAGGAGAUGGCCGUUAUGGGGACGGCGGUUCCUCUUUUCAGAGCACGACUGGUCACUGUGUGCAUAUGAGAGGCCUUCCGUACAGAGCCACAGAGACCGACAUCUACAACUUUUUCUCUCCCCUGAACCCGGUGCGUGUGCACGUGGAGAUCGGACCUGACGGGAGAGUAACUGGUGAAGCCGACGUAGAGUUCGCUACGCACGAAGACGCCGUGGCUGCCAUGUCAAAGGACAAAGCCAAUAUGCAACAUCGUUACGUUGAGCUGUUCCUGAACUCGACAGCAGGGGGCGGCAGCGGCGGAUAUGGAGGUCAGAUGAUGGGAGCGAUGGGAAACCAGUCGUCCUACGGGCACGGCGGUCAGCAGAUGAGCUCCGGGUACAGCGGCGGCUACAGCAACCAGAGCAGCAUGGGAGGAUACGGUGAUUACAUCAGGUAAUCAGGGCGGAAUGGGGAGUAGUUACUACGGCGGGGGAAGCCGCGGCUCGAUGGGGAUGAACGGCCUGAACAGCAGCAUGGGUGGAGGCUGGGGCAUGUAGCUCCACCCGGCUCCGACCUCCACUAACUCCCUGAUUUAAUGUUUCUCCGUGAUUUCAUUUGCUUUCUUAGUGCGACAUCCUUUUUUUUGUUUUAAAUUGCUCUCAAACUUUUUAAUUUACCAAGUGAAAUCCUUGUCCAAACUGGAUGAUUACAUUUUUAUUUUCAUUCUUGUUUUGUAUUAAAAGUGAAGUACAUUUCUGGACGUUACUUUAGCAGUGGAAAAGUUGCCUGUUUAAUUAGUUGAAAUGUAUUUAUAUGCACAAAGAUGAUGUGUUUCUCUCCUGACUGUUUGGGAGGAAAGUGUUCUGGUUUCCAGUGAGAAGCUGAAUAUGAUGUACUGUUGUAAAGCGUGUCUGCAGAAGUGCAGAGGGAGUUGUAGCUGUAACUGUAAUGCUGUUAAAUAGAUGCAUGCGGUGAUAGUGUUUUGAUCGUGUGCUCUUCUCUCACUAACUGUAAUUUUUUUGUAGUGUGAUGCGAGGAACGGAUUGACGUCCAGUUUUUCAUUUUUGCACAGACGAGCUGAUAUUUUUGCUGGGGCAGUGUUUAUUAAAAUCUGUAUUGUUAGAUGAA